UUGAAGGCAUUGGUAGUUGUCAGCACGGAUUGGUUUGUCAUGGACCAACCAAAUUACUAACCCUGCUUAAUGCAAGAAAAAAAUUUAAUUUGAGAGUAAUUUUGACCGCUGUGUCCGAAGACUUGUUUAACCACAAAGACCUUCGUCUUCUCGUUCGGUGUUAGGCUACUGGGGGAAAAACAUGAGCUCCCUGCUGCACUAUUGUUAGCCUUUGUGCUAAAAUGAGUGUUAAACAAAGCGGCGUUUGUCAAUGAAGCCGUAAACUCAUCAGCGGAUGAGUAUGCCAGCUAAUGUUUAGUUACAGUUUGAAACAAGAAGCAAAACGCCCGACUUUCCCCUUGAAGAUAGCGAGCAUCCAUUUUGUGCUUUCUAGAAUUUACCACAGCUAGCUCUCAUAGCCUUGUUAGCCCCAUAUUAUUGCAACAGUGAAUAAAACACGGAUAAAUAUUGCCCUUCUUGUUCUCCUAUGUUGUCCUAGAUAUCAAAAUUAUAUUUUAAGAUACAUUGUUGAAUUUAUUUAAGAUAAGUAGGCGUUGCGUGUUUAAAAUUAAAGCAACCAAACACGGCAAAAAUAAAAAAUAAAGAACGACUUAUUUUACGAGGAGGAUUGAUAAUCUUAAAGCAUGGAGCAGUACACCACUGCCACCACUACAACAGGGGAGCAGAUUGUUGUGCAGACUGCAAAUGGACAGAUCCAGCAGCAGACACAAGGCACAGUGACGGCUGUGCAGCUGCAAGCAGAGGCGCCAGGCCAGCAGGUGCAGACACUCCAGGUAGUGCAGGGGCAGCCCCUAAUGGUACAGGUGAGCGGCGGACAGCUCAUCACAUCGUCAGGCCAGCCCAUCAUGGUGCAAGCCAUGUCGGGGAGUCAAGGUCAGACCAUAAUGCAGGUUCCUGUGUCUGGAGCUCAAGGUCUGCAGCAGAUCCAACUGGUGCAGCCUGGUCAGAUACAGCUGCAAGGUGGUCAGACUCUGCAGCUCCAGGGCCAGCAGGGUCAGCCUCAACAAAUCAUCAUCCAGCAGCCCCAGACGGCCAUCACUGCUGGACAGAACCAGAGCCAACAGAUCAGCGUCCAGGGUCAACAGGUGGCACAGACAGCUGACGGCCAGACCAUCGUCUACCAGCCCGUCAAUGCAGAUGGCUCUGUUCUACAGCAGGGAAUGAUCACAAUCCCCGCUGCCAGCUUGGCAGGUGCUCAGAUAGUGCAAGCAACAGGGGGCGCUAACACCAACACUACCAACAGCGGCCAAGGCACUGUGACCGUCACCCUGCCUGUCUCCGGCAACAUGGUCAAUGCAGGUGGAAUGGUCAUGGUAAGACCCUGUGCAGAGAUGGUGCCGGGUGGAGGCGGCGUUCCCACCAUGCAGCGUAUCCCCCUCCCGGGAGCUGAAAUGCUGGAGGAAGAGCCUCUAUACGUCAACGCCAAACAAUACCAUCGUAUUCUGAAGCGAAGGCAAGCCCGGGCCAAACUGGAGGCUGAGGGCAAGAUCCCCAAGGAGAGGAGGAAAUAUCUACACGAGUCCCGUCACCGUCAUGCAAUGCAGCGUAAGCGUGGAGACGGAGGGCGGUUCUUCUCCCCUAAAGAAAAGGAGGAGGCGGCUUUAGGCCUAUCGCAAGUAAGAAGUUAUGAUGGCGCGGGGGGGGGGGAACACAAGCCCCAAAGUUGCAACUUCUCUGUUAUACAUUUUUAAUCUUUCAUAACAGAUGAGUAAUUUCAUAUUUAAGAUGCUAGCAUGUUCCUAUGCAUGUGUGAAAACUCUUGGAAAUCAUGGAAUUCUAUUUUGUACUUUUCCAAGUCUGGAUAAGGAUGGAGGGACAAAAACUGAGCAUGGAAAAAUGC